UGGAUGUGGACGAUGACGGUGUGGGGGCGACAGAACAGAAACGUGCGGAAGGCAGAGAAAACCAAGAAGCGGCUCCGGAGAAGACAGAUGACAUCCACGAUGUGAUGUCCAGGUUGGUCAAAAACGAAAUGCCGUACUUGCUCUGGACCAUCAAAAGGGAUGUUGUUGACUAUCACAGCUUGAACUGUGACCAGAUGCUGAAUCACUAUGGGAAGACGGCUUCCUUCACCACCAAGAUCGGGCUGUGUGUGAACAUGCGGAACCUACCGUGGUACGUCCAGGCCGACCCUGACUCCUUCUUCCCACGUUGCUACGGCCUCUGCACCGAGAACGAGAAGCAAGAAUUCCUGGACGACUUCCGGCGGACGGUGGCCUCCAGCAUCCUCAAGUGGGUGGUCAGGCACCACAAGUGCGGCAGCAGCGGGGAGGCCGGCGACCGCGGCCCUGGCAGCAAGAAAGUUCCCGAGAAUGCGGAAUCCAAGCCCAUGGGCCUCUCGGGGGAGCUCGUGGACACCGCAUACAAGGUGUGCCAGGCCUACCUGGGUCAGCUGGAGCACGAGGACAUCGACAUCUCCAAGGACGCCACCCAGGACCUCACGGAGGACGAGUGGAAGGACCUGACGCAGCAAUACUACUCCCUCGUUGACGGUGAUGCUUUCAUCUCCAAUUCGAGAAAUCACUUUCCGCAGUGCCAGGCCCUGCUGAACAAAAUCACGUCUGUGAACCCUCAGACGGAGAUCGACGGGCUUCGGAACAUCUGGAUCAUCAAGCCCGCAGCCAAGUCCCGCGGCCGAGACAUAGUGUGCAUGAACCGAGUGGAAGACAUCUUGCAGCUGGUGACCGCAGACCACCCGUCCGCCAAGGACAACAAGUGGGUGGUGCAGAAGUACAUCGAGACGCCGCUGCUCAUCUACGACACCAAGUUUGACAUCAGGCAGUGGUUCCUGGUCACCGACUGGAACCCCCUGACCAUCUGGUUCUACAAGGAAAGCUACCUGCGGUUUUCAACACAGCGCUUCUCCCUGGACAACCUGGACAGCGCCAUCCACCUGUGCAACAACUCCAUCCAGAAGCACCUGAAGAACGAUGAGGAACGCAGCCCCCUGCUGCCCUACCACAACAUGUGGACCAGCACCAGGUUCCAGGAGUACCUGCAGAAGAGGGGCCGCGGGGCCGUGUGGGCCAGCGUCAUCUACCCGGCCAUGAAGCGGGCCGUCGCCAACACCAUGAGGGGGGUGCAGGACCACGUGGAGCCACGCAAGAACAGCUUCGAGCUGUACGGGGCCGACUUCAUCCUGGGCCGCGACUUCCAGCCCUGGCUGAUCGAGAUCAACUCCAGCCCCACCAUGCACGCGUCCACGCCCGUCACGGCACAGCUGUGCGCCCAGGUGCAGGAGGACACCAUCAAGGUGGUGGUGGGUCGCAAGGUUGACCGCAACUGCGACGUCGGCAACUUUGAGUUGCUGUGGAGACAGCCUGCGGUGGAGCCUCCGCCCUUCCACGGGUCCGACCUGUGUGUGCAAGGCGUUGGUGUGCGCAGAGCCAGGAAGCAGAUGCCGCCCAUUUCCGGCGCUGACUGUCCAUCCGCGCUCCCGGACCCUCAGCCGCUGAAGGUGCGGUCCCCCUCGGCCGUGCCAGGCCUGGCUCCGGGCCGCCCCCCGACGGCUGUGCGCGGGGACUUGAGGCCGGACGACGCACAGGCGCCCGCUUGCACCCUGCCCGCGCCCCUCAAGAGGCCCGCCGAGAGACGCUGCGAGGCGCAGUCCCCCAGGAAGUCAGCGGUCCCCACUCGUGACUUUCAGCUCGCAGACGGUCAGGCCCCGAAAAUCCGCCUUCCCAAAGCCGAGUCCGACAGACGCUCGGGGGCCGACACGGUAAGCGCGCGGGCACGGCCGGCCGUGCUCCCGAGCGUGAAGACACCGGAGGGCGCCCUGUUUCAGCCGCUCACGCCGCCAGGGAACAUUCUUAGCAGCUUCUGCCGGCAGUCCCCUUCGUCCAUGUCCAGGUCCAUCCUGGAGGCCCUGACGCUCUCCACUGCCAUGAGGUGUGCCCCCCACGACGGUUGCUCCCUGCUCCUGCGUGUGCAGGCCUCCCUCACGCUGCACGAGAGCCUGCGGGGCCUGGAGGCCUGCUCCAUGAGCCUCGACACCCAGGAGACCCAGUGUCAGAGCGUGCGGGUCUCAAGGGCCUCCCGCCGACUACAUGUGGGGCAGCAGCUCCAGGUGCACUUUGAAUGCUUCGAAGUAAGCGUGGCCCAGAGCCUCUACGUCACCCUGAGGACAGUGCCCCACUUCUGUGGGGUCCGGCUGGACCAACAAUACCAUGUGGAAGCCGGGAAGUUCUCCUACUGGGUAGACCGCGGCCGCAAGGUCAUUCUGGUACAGGUGCCCGAGGCGCCCGCGGACUCCGACUACUACGUGCGGCUCUGCCUCAAGUGGUUCACCUGUGAGGACGUGGGUGCCCCAGUGCGGGUGACGGUGAACAGGGUCUCUCGCGCCGUCUCUCUGCCCUACAGCCGAGAGCUGCCGUGCCUGUGCCUUGAGGGCUGGUCUGCGACCCCUGACGCAGUGCGGAUGCAGGCCUGUCCCUUCGAAAAUGACACAGAGGCACUGUGGGACGCCAUCCGCUACCACCCCGGAAGCCAGGCACUGAGCUGGGAGCCCGCCUGUCCCGUGAGCGGCCACGUGAGCCUGUGCUGGCGCCCGGAGCCAGGGGCCCUCUGCCACGAGCUGGAGCACUCCGGCCGGUCGGCACGGGCCAGGGUGCAGUACCCGCUGGUGGACACACAGCCCCAGCUCUGCCUGAAGUUCUCCACCAACCGGGGCUUCUGGGUGAGGUGCCCUUUCGAACGACUAGGCUUCCCAGCCUGGAAGAUGACUGUCCGACCAGCCGCGUCUCAGGGCCACCUCCGGGUCACCUUCUUCUCGCCCAGCGCUGCCAGCUUCAAGGUGCACCUGUGUCACCAAAGGAAGAUGUGGCCCCCUGCCUGCCACCCAGCGAUCCAGGCCACGCCUCUCCCUCCAGCCUCAGGUGGCUUCAUGGCUGACUCCGCGGUUGCCUUCGUGGACAUCCCCAGGGACGAGGCUUGUGUCCCCAGCACCUGCAUCCAGGGCUGGAGGACCGAUGUGCACUUCUCCACCCCCCAGCAGCUGUGUGAUCUUCAAUGCACCCCCAGAGGAGCUUUUCAGUCAAGUCUGGGCCCCCGUUCCUCAGCCAAGAUCCCCUCCAGCAGAUCGCAGGCCAAAGGGGCGACGGUCACCCCUGAGGGCCCGUAUCCGGGGCGGGGCUCCACCGCCUGCCAGCCAGGCGACCUGGCAGCUGACCCCAGCCACUGGCAGAACCUCCACGCCACACCGGCUGCCGCCCAGGGGACAGCGGACUGAGGCCAGGAGCCUCACGGAGCACAAGCAGGUGCCCUGGCUGAAUGCUGGGGUGCAGAGGGCUCCCAUCUGGGGCUCCGAACCUCUGGCAGCAGAAGCCAGGCCUCAGAACUUAGAAGUGGCUCGCCUGCACACGGGCUGUGGGGCCGGCCACCUUGCGUCUCCCCAGCCGCGCACAGCUCCCUGGGGGCCCUCAAGCUGGGCGGGGAGCUUUGGGUCAGAUGAAGGGCCCUCAGCCCCUCCCUGAACCCCCUGCUGAAGGCCACGGAAUGGCUGGGUGGGCUGCCCUCUCUGCUGGAUGGCCUGGCCUCUGACCUGUCCCGUCUCAGCUUGGUGCAGGCUCCCUCCGGACCACCCGGGGUCACGGCCACCAUCCCCGGCCCCUGCCUGAGCGCUGGAGAGCAGAGUGCGACCCCACACUUGCUACGGCCGACCAGGCUCCGUUGGCUCAGGACCACCCCCAGCCCCCGCCCAGAGCGCUCCCAUACUGCCUGUCCACAUGCUAGCAGGGCGGCCCCCCACUGCCCAGGCGGGGCCUCCGCCCGGCCCCCUGCACCCACGCUCCCAGAGCUCAGGUCACCUUGCGCAGCCCAGCCAGUCGGGCCAAGGCCGGCCACUUCCUCUGGCCUCAGGGGCCACCCGCCGGGAUGUGCCCUUCUCAGAAGUGUCAUUAAGGGCCACUGUGUGCCAUCUGUGCUCAAGGACCACAGAGGGACCCUUGGCCCUGCAGCGUGAUUUCCACACCCAGGCCAGGGGUCGCCCAGCGGCCGGCCCGGCAGAUGCGCCCCCACAGAACUGUCCUGCUUGCUCCCAAGCACCGCCAGGCUGUCCCUCCUGCAUCUGGAGUCCCGCUCGCGUCCACCUGGCCACAGUGGCCCCCCAGCAGGCACCCCGGGCCUGGCCCCCUUCCUGCCUUUCGGGGGGGUGGGGUGGCUACAACAGACCAGGGGUGGGCAAAACCAGUAAACACUUGUGCGCCGA